CCUACAUGUCAACAACGUCAGACCAAAAGCAAAUGCACGGUUGGUGAAGACAACAAUAAUAGACCAUAACAGUCUGUGAGACAAUUACAGAUAUUUAAGAGUUUAUCAAUGCUUCCCUUUUUUUGUUGAACCGCAACACAUUUUAUAACACUGACCGUAUGUGUAAUUGAAUACAGUACAUUAUUUUUUCCUGAAUUGCGAACCGUUUGACUUACGGACGAGUCUCAGGAAUGGAACCCGUUCGAAAGUCAGGGACUGCCUGUACAUUUGCUCUCAUUAUCUCAUUACAUAAAUGACUUUCCAUUGAUUUGUGUGCUUUUUUGCAAAGAAAUGCAUGACAACCUGACAUGACUGUCAGUUCAUCAGCAUUGACAAGAUGACAUCUCUUUAGAACUGAGUUUUGUGUUUAGUUGUCCUUCUCCCACCCCUCCGAGUUGGCUACGUAUGGUGUGAAAUAAGUUCAACAUACAUCCCCAUGUUAUGGUUGGCACGAUUAGCCUAUUCAAUUGAUUAACAGUAAAAUUGUGAAUGCUGGGAUAUUUAACAAAAUCUCCCACUGUUUGCCGAUCUUUAUUCAAGCGGAUAAAGCCCAACACUAACUCAUGUGACACAUGAGUGGACAUUGUUAUUUAAAACCCUAUUCCAGUCAUACAGCUAGCUGUUGUUAGUAUAGUGUCUUGAGUCACUACCCAUAUAUAGUACGUGUAACAUAUGGAUGAGUAACCUAUUGCUCACAGGCCAGAUACAGCUCGUAACUUCAUUUUAUAUGGGCCAUCGCCACAUCAGGCCGACCACUUGGAAACUGCCUGCAAACAAUAUGUAUCCGUCACUGCAAGCACCUUAGCUGCAUUAAUUAAGUACCUGAAAUACAUUCGACUUGGAAACAACAUCGUUUCUAAUUUUAGCACUCCAAGUCACUUCUGCCACUGCGGCAAAGGGUGCGUGACGUCAUUUAUGGACGGCCCCCUUACCGAAAGACCCAAACAGUAUGAAUUCCUGCAGUCGCGCUUUAAGUCGUCAAGAUUUCGUCAACGCGAAUCUGCAAGCGGCGUUAGUGAAUGUGGCUGCUGCCGAAUCGUCCGCCUUGUGCCGCGCCCGCGCGUCCCCGCCCCCACCACCCCCGGGUGAGAGUCGCCACAAUGGCGGCGCCCUUCGUGCUGCGACUUUCGCCCUCGCUCUGUGGCCGCCUCGCCGCCUUCUCCUCCUCCUCUUCCUUCUCUUCCUCCUCCUCCUCGCUGCGUCUCCCGGCCACGACGACGGGCAGGUUCCGCCGCGGCUGCACCAGCGGCCUGCGCGGCUGCUACCGCGACAACAGCAGCAGCAGUAGUAGCGGCAGUAGCGGCGGCACUGUGAGCAGCUUGUACAGCCACGUGCGAGACGGCUACUCGGAGAAGCCCGAGCUCGACAUGGCGCACGUGUGCCGCCUCAGCGAGGCGUGGACGAGCAACGUGGAGGCGCGCAAGGGCGAGCUGGCGGGACGAGACGUGCACGACAUCAUUUCGACAUGGAAGCAAUUGGAGGACGUGAAAGCCCAAGUGGCAUUGUUGGAGGAUGAAAAGUCUCAGGUCGCUUCGCAAAUCAAACACAUUGUGGAAAACAAUGAGAAAUCUUCCGUGUCUUCGAUCCCAGACUACCAGCGCCUACGCAGAGAAGGUCGGGAGAUCCGUGUAAAACUCAACGUCCUUUAUGACCGGAUGACUGAGCUGGAUGAGAAAUUCUAUCUCAAAGCUCUGCAGUUGCCCAACCGCACGCACCCCAGCGUGCCCGUUGGUGAUGAGAGCCAAGCCAGGGUGCUGGAAACUGUAGGUCAAAAGCCAGAAUUUGAUUUUAAACCACGUGUACAUUUAGACAUCGGGGAGAAGUUGGACAUAAUACGACAGAAGCACCUGUCACACGUGUCUGGGCAUCGCUCGUAUUAUCUGCGAGGCGCGGGCGCCGAGCUGGAACACGCGCUCGCCCACUUUGCCCUCAAGAAGCUCAAGCGACGGGGUUUCGUAGCCCUGUCUGUGCCCGACAUGCUCAAAGGCGUUGUUUUUGAAGGCUGUGGAAUGUGUCCCAGUGCCAAGACGUCUCAGCUUUACUCGCUGGACCCUGCCAAAUUCAAGGACCUUAACCUGGCCGGUACCUCCGAGGUUGGCAUCGCCGGUUACUUCAUGGAUCAUGCAGUGGAAUUGAAGGACCUGCCCUUGAGGAUAGUUUGCUGCAGCACUUGCUACAGGGCCGAGACAGAGACUGGCAAGGAGACGUGGGGCCUCUACCGCGUGCAUCACUUUACUAAGGUGGAGAUGUUUGGGGUGACGGCUGCCGAAAGUGGAAACGAGAGCAAUGAUCUCCUCGAUGAGUUCCUCUCCAUCCAGAAGGAGAUCUACUCAGACCUGGGCCUGCACUACAAGGUUUUGGAUAUGCCGACAGAGGAGUUGGGCCUUCCCGCUUACCGUAAAUACGACAUUGAGGCCUGGAUGCCAGGCCGUGAAAAGUUUGGCGAGAUAUCAAGUACCUCCAACUGCACAGACUACCAGAGUCGGAGACUUCAUAUCAAGUACUUUGAUUCGUCCAGGAAUCUUAAAUAUGCCCACACGGUGAACGGGACAGCAUGCGCAGUGCCACGAUUACUCAUCGCUAUCCUUGAGACAUACCAAAUGAAGGACGGCCGCGUCCGGGUGCCGCCAGUGCUGCAGCCCCUGCUGGAGGCGGAGGUGAUCGGGAAGCCGGCGACCACCGCGCUGCAGUACAUCGGCACCAACCGCAGGAGACCGGCCAGGGACGACUGAGCCGCCUGCAAGUGCCACGCACCGGUGGCAGGAGCCAGCGAGACCGCGACAGUGACGUUCGGUGGGGGGAGGUGCCGGGGGGGCGUUUAAAGCUCGUGUGCGAGCGUGCUCGGCGGUGCGACGAUGCGGACUUCGCCAGCUCCGAGCCACGAGCAUGGGAAUUUGGGACCAUUGUAUUGCUUUGUACCAGGUGUGGACAUUAGGUACGGCGGGGGUGCUUUUAAUGCCCCCUGGCAGUGGGGUAGCUAUAGAGCAGUCGUUCUUAACCUGGGGUGCACGCACCCGCCUAGGGAUGCGAGAUGCCCCUUCUGAGGGUGUGAGGCAUGCCGGAUUUUUGUUCGAAGGUAAAUCAUGAAAACACAAAUUAAGCACGGGCAUGUAAGUACAACGACAUUGUUUCUUCAAAGCUAUAUGUAUUAACAUAAAAAAAUACGAUUGAGAACCAAAAGGGGUGCAAGGCUGCAGUCAAGGUUAAGAACAACUGCUAUAGAGUGUGGUGCAGGUGGUGGAAAUGCACCACGGGCCCCCAGGCCAGCGGAGCCCAGAAGCCCCACUACAAAGAAAGGAGAAAUUGGACCCGGGUGCCCGAGGUAAGAUCUUACACUAGGGUCCAUGCCACUGGCCCUGGAGUAAUUUCAAUAGAAAUGCCCUUCUCGGCGAGUUUUGUUCACCGUGCUAACGUUACCGAUGUGUUCCCCUGCAGGAAUGUUCCUGCCAACAAAGAGUGAACUUGGCUGAAAAAUACUUUUGAAAUCUCAACGUGUGAGAAAUGUAUUAUUUAAGUUAAUAAAUUAACUACAGCAGUAAAACAGGCAAUAUUUCCCCCACUUUAUUCAACUAGAGGCACAGACGACAACAUUGUGCUUUGAUUUAUUGAUAAGUAAAUUUAUUAAGAACACGCUUAAAGCCUUCCUACAACGAUGCAAGUGCGUUCCGUAUUCAACGAUUAUUCGGAUGUUACAUCUGUCGGGGCUACCACAAAAAACACGACUCCUACUAGAAACGCUACAACAUAAACACGUGUCUGCCAAAAACAUAAAAGACCAAGUGAUCCUUGUCGGAGCAGCUUGGGCCCUUGCAGUGUCGGGUAGCACUCAUAUCGCUCGGAGGCUCGGAAAAUCUGUGACCUUGCCCCCCCAUCUUCUGGUUUGGUUCCCACCCCUUUAUUUGUAACAAUUGUCCUCUGUUCCAGCUUAGCUUUGGCUUUUAGUUACAGUCGAGGUAUUUAUACCAGAGUCUACAAAACGUAUUAUAAAUGACCUGUGAACCGUACUAGUGUGUAGGUUUUUUCAAUCCUGCAGUCUAGCCCUUUGAUGGGUUUUCAGUUUGGCGACAUGAAUACUGAGUUCCUGAAGAGAAAAACGUCAGGCACUGUACCCAACUACACGUGGUACAUCGCCAAAACCAAUCUGAGAGCUGCCCUGCGUACUGCUUCUCAAACGAUAACACGGAAGCACGUUCGAUAAUUAAUAGAACAUAUCGUUUCAUUGUACUUGGGACUAAACAUUGUUAUAUUGGGCACCUCGAUUACGUUGACUAUGUUCCAAAGGAAACUACACCAGACCAAGUGGCUGUUGUGCUACCUAAGACAAUUUUGAAGCUUUGUUAACGAGCAAUCUCCCUCGUUCUGCAAUGCCAGCACUGGCGGCGUCACUGCAACACGACACCACUCUUGCAUGCUCCUUCGAGUCACUUGAAAAGUGUUUUUUCUCGUCAACAAAGCUUCAAAGUUGUAUCGGAAAGCUCAACUCACAACCAAGGUGCUUACCUACAAAGUAAAGAACCGAGUGUUUUUCAAGUCGUGUCUUCGAAUACCAAAGUUAGGUUGGAACAGCCGUUGCACGGACGAUAGAGAUUAAAAUGCUUGUGCCGGGUGGAUGAAGCGGUCUGUGACCUUGAAUGACCCCCCCCCUCCCUGAAUUACUUCCGCAACACUGAACCCCUGGGAGAGCCCCCCCCGGCAGACACCACCACCGCUCGGAAAAUAAAUUACACUCAUCCACAUCACACUAGUGCCGACAGCACUCUCUAGUAAAGGUUAUGUUGAGAACAACACGAAUGUGUAAACACCCAGUACCUUGUAAUAACUUAGGGUUUCUAAUUCCAGGCAGCAACCCAAUGGUAAAUGCAGUCACGUGUUCGUAAGUAACCCGUUGACACCCACACGUGUUGUUUUCAUUGUUACGCAAAAGCCAAAUAUACAUUUUUCUUUUCGUCGAGUCAUUGAAAACUUUUAACGUGGGUCUUAUCGGGGAGCUUCCUUCUUGAAUUGUACAAAUAUAGUAAAAGAAAAACAAUUGUUAAUUUGUUAA